AUCAUACACAUGAUACGACACGUCAUGUUUUUUACCAGACCUUCCUUGUUUUGCGUCGCACUCCCAACGCUGUUGUGUUCUGGUGAAUGAUUUCGGGCGUGAGUUCCUAGGCUUGUGAAGAAUUGUGCGAAAGAACCAUUCACAACAAUGGCAACACAAAAGCAUGUGUUUAACGUGGAGAUGACGUGCGAGGGAUGUUCUGGUGCUGUGACAAGGGUCCUGAACAAACUUGGAGAUAAAGUGGCCAAAUUUGACGUUGACCUUGCCCAGAAGAAAGUGGUUAUUGAGUCAGCGCUGUCCUCCGACGAACUGCUGGAGACCCUCAAGAAAACUGGCAAGGAAACCACCUAUGUUGGCCAGGAAAACUGAACAGCAGUGCCAUAAUGCUGAGAUAGCAUGUUAUUUUUGUGAGCAAUUUAGAAUGUGUGCUUAGCUUCCUUAUUAGAGUAGACCAGGGUAACAAGUAGCAUUAUAUAAUUGGCUGAAUCUUUGCACAAAAAGCCUAUGAACUGUUCUCUUUGAGUUUCUGUGAAUGGGAUUUUUCUCCUGAGACCAAAUCCAUUCCAGCAUCUCUUUUCCUCAGUUCAUCGAGAGAGAAGGUGGAGAAAUUGACUUCUGGCAUCAUACCUGGACAAGCAACUUCCACCCUGCACAUUUUUAUUUAAACUUCACCUCCAGCCGCAUUCUGCACUUGUGCCAUAAUAAUACAUUGUAUAACCUCUCAAGCAUUCUGCACAAAUGCAUGGAGUUGGUGAAGGGAUGUAACUUUUCAAAUCUUAGGAGGGUGACUUAAUUUCGGUAUCAUUGUAUCUGAAUGUCAUACCAGUAUGUCCAUGCUGAUAUUAUGAACUCAAAUUCAACUUCUAAUUUAAGUUACAUCAGCAAUCACAGAAGUUAGUCUGCAAUGAGAAAAAAGUUUAAAUAAGUUUCAAUCUUUGGACUUGGGAUUCCAAUUGCUAUACUGUUAUUGUACAUGGCGUGUAAUGCCCAAUUGACAGUUAUUUGUGGAUGUCCAAAUAGUCUAUGAAUUCUUUUAUGUUUUAUUGAAAUGCUCUGAUUUCUUCCAAAAUUUGUUUGCAAAGCCCGAGGCAGAUUCCAAGGUUUCUAUCCGUGAUGCGUUGGGGGUAAAACUCACACAUUUCAGGUUUAUUUCUUGUGGUCCCACACCCGUAUAGGGUUUGUCACAGUAACAGUUUUAUUUUUAAAUACUGUGGUGUCCUUAAUAUGUAAGCAAAAAUGAAAGCGUUUAUCUUGGUGAAAUAUUUUCCUAUCCUUCAUCAAUGAAAGCAUUUCUUGAAAAAAAUUAUUUAAAUCAGUGGCUGUUGCAGUGGUAGUGAUAGGUAAUUCCAGAAAUAAGGGGUCCAAAAGUGUGACAUUUUUGGGACCCUGUUACAUCAGACCUUUGUUAUUUGACA